AUGAAGCUAUGGCAGUCGGUAACCAGGGCUCUGAGAGCCACGACUGCUCCUGCCACCACUCAGCGCCGGCAGCUUCUCACGCUUGCCAUUGAGUCUUCGUGUGAUGAUACCUGCGUGGCCAUUCUCGAGAAGAAGGGCCAAUCAGCAAAGUUGCACUUUCACAAGAAAAUCACUUCUGACAAUCGCCAGUUCGGCGGUAUUCACCCCAGCGUGGCCGUGGCAUCCCACACUGCUUGCUUGGCCAACCUGGUUCAGGAGUCGCUUGGUUCACUGCCCGCGGCAACGCGGCCUGAGCAUCUGCCACCCUCCCCAGAUGUUCUCUCUAUCCCAGUGACCGAUGGAGGGGUGAGCUAUAGAGUGCGCCCGGACUUUGUCACGGUGACGCGAGGGCCUGGCAUGACACCCAGCCUGUCCACUGGACUGAACACAGCUAAAGGUCUGUCAGUCGCCUGGCAGAUCCCGUUUCUCGGGGUGAAUCACAUGCAGGCACAUGCCCUUACUCCGAGACUGGUAAGGGCGCUCGGUCCGGAGGGGGUAGACGUUCCCCCUGAACCCGCGUUUCCCUUUCUCACUCUUCUCGUCUCGGGAGGACACACUCUUCUUGUUCACAGCCUUUCUCUCUGCGACCACCAAAUACUGGCUCAAGCGUCGAAUAUUGCUAUUGGGGAUCUGAUAGACAAAUGUGCACGCGCCAUCCUCCCUCCAGACCUCGUUGCCGCGCAGGAAAAUGUCAUGUACGGGCCUUUACUGGAAAGCUUUGCUUUUCCCAAUGGCGAGAUGGACUACGCGUACACAGCCCCCAAGAGGAGGAGGGAUGAGAUCGAGCCUUUUGAGUCGGGUCAUGGCUGGUCUCUCGACCCUCCCUUGGCGGGAUCUCGAGCUAUGGAAUACAAUUUCUCGAGCCUGAAUGGUGCCGUCAUGCGGAUUGCUGGACGAGAAACCAUGGAGGUUUCCGAAAGGCAACUCCUGGCGCGGGCGACAAUGAAGCUUGCUUUUGAGCAUCUAGCUAGCAGGUUGUGCUUCUUCCUGAGCAACAACGACGUCACGCAGGCCGUGAAGACCUUGGUUGUUUCGGGAGGAGUGGCGAGCAAUCGCUUUCUGAUGCACGUGCUUCGCUCGAUAUUGGUUGCAAGAGGUUUCGGAGAGAUCGAUAUCAUCGCGCCUCCUCCGGCGCUGUGUACUGACAACGCCGCCAUGAUCGCCUGGACAGGAAUGGAGAUGUUCGAGGCGGGCUAUAGAACCGAUCUCUCAGUCCUGGCCAAACGGAAGUGGCCGAUAGACACGUCGCAAGAGGGAGGAAUACUGGGCACUGAUGGCUGGAUCAACAUCAACGAAAGGGCCCAGACUAUGUAA